CAUUUCCAGUUGUCUGUGUGUCUUUCAAAUUUGUCGGUUACAUGUAACAAGUUUUUUUGCGUUAGCUGGCUGCUGACAUGAUGAUGGGAACCAAAACAACAUCAGGAGACGCCGUUUUGCUUAAUAUGCGAGAUGAAAUGCAACAAUUCGAUAACGACAAGACAUGGAAUGUUGUAUAUGAAGUAUGAAUCCCCAGCUCUAUAUUGAUUGUUCUAGCAAUUAAAAAAUAAGUCUACAGUUCUGACUCAGAAUUCUUCAGUCGAUGCCGCUAGGGAUGUCAAAAACCGAUGGAAGAAUCGCUACCGGGAUGUUAGUCCGUGUAAGUCAACCAACAGCCUAAACAUUUCCUUAGUUGACUCUACCAGGGUUUUCCUAUGUAGUGCUCGUGAUGGUGACUAUAUUAAUGCAAGCUUUGUCUUCAUUCCGGAGGUUCCGUCCAGAAAAUAUAUACUCACUCAGGGUCCAAUGCAGCAAACUGUGAAUCAUUUCUGGCUAAUGGUUUGGGAGCGACAGUGCCCUGCCAUUAUUAUGCUCAAUCGCCUUGUUGAAAAAGGCUCUCUUAGGUGUCAUCCUUAUUUUCCUUAUGAUGGUGGUCCUUCUGUACUAAAAUUAGAAGACGUUAAUCUAAAUGUCGAGUUGGAGUGUGAGAUAAAUGCAAAAAUAUUUAUUAGUCGGAAAUUCAUCAUUACAAACAUUAAGACCAAUGAAGCUCAUCAUGUCUUGCACAUGCAGUAUACUAAUUGGCCCGAUUUUGGGAUACCUAAUUCUCCUGGCGCAAUACUGAAUUUUCUUUGGUCUGUUAGAGCUUCGGGUGCAUUAAAUGAUCCGUGUUAUCCACCAGUUAUACAUUGUAGUGCUGGUAUUGGACGAUCAGGAACAUUUGUUUUGAUAGAUCUAGCAUUAAUCUUAAUUGAACAAGCGAAUUCUAUUUCUGGUGUUGAUAUCAAAAAUUUAUUUCUUGAGUUAAGAAAAUGUCGUAUGGGUAUUAUCCAGACAGCUGACCAGUUAAGAUUUUGUUAUCGAGCAGUCAUUAAGGCUGCGGAUACUUUACUUGGUAUGUCAGUUGAUCAAAGACCGUUUGCCAAGUUUGAACCGGAUAAGGAGGAAGAGGAAAAUGUGUCGGAACCUUCAAGCGAAGAUGAUUCAGAUGAUAUGAGCGAACAAGGCGAAGUUGAAGAUCUUGCUCUGGAUGAUUUCGAUUCAGAAGAAGAUGUCGCUGUCGGUGAUAUCGAGACAGAACUGUUUAAUCCAUUGAAUGAUGUCGGUGUCAGGUUUAGAAAUUAUGAGUUUGGUUCUAGUCUUAAUACCCAAAAUAAAAUCACUAUCUCUCAGUUACGUAGUUUAAACUCUCUCAUCACGUCUGAAGCUGAUUCAGAUCCACUCCAGUUACAAAAAGACCGAUCGUCAGUUGAACCAAAUCACUUGCCAGAUUACUCAGACAUUAAUAUGGUCCUAAGAAGUCAAGUAUAUCACGCCUUCGAAAAACCAGAAAAUGGACUAUCCGAAUUAUCCACUGCAUCAAAUAUUCAUGCAAAUUCAUGUAACAGGAUUAAUAAUGCUUUACCAACCAGUCAAAUAGAACCAUUUCUUUCAAGUUACGAGAUUAGUAAAAAGAAUCCUAUUUUGUCUACGCUUUCUACAUCGCAUUCAGUCACACCUAAUUUCUAUCCAAAUAAUACUAUUUCGCGUUCGUUGCACACUAUAGGAUCGAACGUAUCUUUAUUAAAUAAUACUUCUGAAUUUGAAGAUAAUUCCGACUCAUAUGCCAAAGAAUAUUUAGCUGCUUCGAUAGAUUUACAUGAACGUCGUACUGCUCGUCUAGCUCGACAAGCCAGAAUGCGUACACAAAUCGAAGUCAUACGUACACGAAUGCGUGAAACAGAUAUGACACGCAAAAGAUGGCUUCCAACUCAUGUGCUCCAGUAUCUCCGCCGAUUUUAUGCAGAAAGCGGAUAUGUAAAAAGUAAAACUGGUGCCGUAAUCAGCAGUAUCCUUGUAGUUGCCGUUAUAAGUUUCGGUACGAUUGCUUAUAUCUACUGGUAAUUCUACUGAUUAAAAUUUAAUAUCAUCUUUAACACUAGAUAAAUAAAUCUUAUCGACGCUCAAUUUAUUUUAUCAAGGACUAUGUCUUCUCCCAACUACUAUGCGUUCAAAUACUUCAUGUAGUUCCUUCUCAGGUGACGAUAUCUGUUUAUCUAUAAUAUCAAAUAAUAAAUGUCGUUGAUACUUGGGUUAUAAACAUGAACCUACUCACAGACGUAGGUAUAUAUUAUUGAGACUUAAAAGCUAAUCUCUCACUUUUUUUGCAUUUCUUAUUUAUGAAAAGUGUUCCCACAUUCUAAUUUAUAUUGUUUUAAAAUUAACUGAUUUUGCCUAUACAUAAUGUACUUCGUAUUUUAUAAAACCACAAUGUUUAAAAAAUAACCUAUCACCAUGAUCAUGCAAUUAUUUUACAUCUAUUCACUUGUUUCGGUAUUAUUUUAUUCUUUGAGCUCUGUAACACAGAAGACACAAUGUGGUUACAUAUCUAACCAGUUUCUUAUUUGAUCCAUUGUAAUUAUUCUGCUACGAUGUAUGCAAUUCAGAUAAACAAAAUUGUACACACGUACUUGUAAUAACAAAUAUACUUUCAUCCCUUUACCUCUCCAAUAAAAAUCUGAUCAAAUUAUCUUUAAAUGUACGAAUAACGAACUAAAACACCUUAAAAUGUGUGCGAUAUUUUCACUAAUUCAAUUUAUGACAGCCUAAAUUUAGGGAAAUAGAACUGUGAAUUGUACACUGAUAAAAUCAAACCUAAAUGUGAACACAUUAUUACCAUCGAAUAAGGUACUCGAAUGUCAAUUUUUAUUAUUUUAUCAGAAUUUCAGUUCAUUCACA